CGCUCCUCCCUCCCACGACACGCGCUCGGCACGCAGGCGACGGCGGCAGCGCUCAGGCUCGGGCUCUCAGCGACGGUGGGGCAGUCCCAGACUCGGCGGCGGCGUCAGCGGCUCCCCCUCCCGAAUCUCGCCAAUCGCCUUGCGCCCUCGCCUCCGGUCCUCCGCCCAACGGCCGGCGACCCUGCGUGCGCGCUUCCCGCUCCCCUGCCGCCUCCGGUGGACCGUAGACGGCGCUCGACCCCGGCGGCUGCACUGCGCGCCGCGUGCGACCGGCGGGCAGCGGGAUCCAGCUGCUGCUGCUCCACCUAGGCGGCUGCGCCGAUUUGGUAGCGCUUAUGCCCCAAACGAAGUGUUACCCGUCCGCUUAGGGCUGAAGCGUGCGCUUAGUGACGCUUUUUAGAACCUAGGCAAUUAAUCAGUUUGGGGUUCUCAUAUAUCUCUUUGGAGAUGCAUCCACAUCUGACUUUACAUAGGCAUCCUAUGUGUGCCGAGAUUAUUGAAGAAUUCCAGAAGUGCCAUCUGGAUCACCCUGUCAAGAAGUUCUUCGGAGAGUGCACAGACCUUAAAAUCAAGCUAGAUCGCUGCUUCCGACAGGAGAAAGCUUUGAAGAGAAAGGCAAACUUUGAAGAGAGCAAGAGAUUUAAAGAACAGUUGAAGGCUUACAAAAGGGAAAUUGCAGAGAAAAGCGAGGAAUGAUAACUUGGAACGGAGGACAAGGCCGUAGAGGCUCUUAAUCUGUGAUGACCUGCCCUUGAUUUUGUGAAGGAUCUGUCGAGUGUUUUUGAAUAUAAUGUUUCUAAAAAAUAUUAUACUCUUUUCCUAGUAGCAGCUAAACUUUAACAGCUUAAAGUUUCUUCCAUGACUACCGAAUAUGUUUCCAAUUUGUUCAUGCAUGCGUGCAGGAGUCCUCUGUAUCAAAUUUGGACAACCCACUCUUGUUGCCUAGUAUAAGCAGUUUAUUGGCGAGUUCCUUUUAUUUAUGCUAUUUAUUCUAUGUUGAUGUAAUGGGUAUAACAUUUGAAUUUAUAAAUCCAAAUAAAUUGUUCUGUAGA